AUGCCUAUCAUCCAAGCUCGUAGAGCGGUGGCCUUCUCGGUCAAGGCAGGCCAGGAUAUCAAGGUCAUCAACACCUAUGGCAAGCAAGUCUUGGACUUCUGGGCUUUCAAUCCCAACGACCCCAAUGACUUCUUGUCCAUGGUCCACACGAGGACCAUUCUGCUCAAGGUUGCUCUGGCGAAGGGCGACAAGCUCUACAGCACACGGAGGAAGCCUAUCUUAACUCUGACCGAAGACACCACACGCGGCACCCACGACCUAAUCUGGUCGGCGUGCGACGCGGAGAGGUAUCGCAUGCAGGGAUUUGAUGGCUACCACGACAACUGUACGGAUAAUAUGCACAAAGCGCUCAAGGACAACUUCCCAGACUUCAAGAUUGCAGACGACUGGGUGCCUGAUCCACUCAAUAUCUUCAUGAAUGUCGCCAUUGACCACCAUGGAGGCCUUGAUAUUAGGGUCCCUACCAGCGAGAAGGGACAAUUCGUCAACUUCAGAGCCGAAACUGACCUCAUCAUCGUCAUGAGCUCUUGCCCCCAGGACCUGGCGCCUGUAAACGGCGGCAUGCCUACAGACUGCGAGUAUCAGCUCUCUGGCGAGCAGCCAUCAACGGCACUGACAGUCUCUCCAUCAACGCCCAAGCGUCAUGUCAAGAUUGCUCUGUCUGUUGAUUUCGAUGCCGUUUCCCAUUGGAUGGGCACUGGCUGCCAUCAUGACAAUAACAUGUCUGAUUACAGCUCAGGUAUUUUUGCUGGACAAGUUGGUGUAUAUCGUCUGCUGGACAUGUUCAAGAAGAACGGAAUCGCGGACAAGAUGACUUGGUUCAUCCCUGGCCACACGACCGAGACCUUCCCUGCUGCGGCGAAGGCAGUGCUUGAGUCUGGGGCCGAAAUUGGCCUUCACGGAUAUGCCCACGAAGGCAUUUACCAGAUGACCGAGGAGCAAGAGCGAGAUGUUCUUCUGAAGUGCAUCGAUGUCGCUACAAAGCUCGCCGGCAAGAAGCCCCGCGGCUACAGAGCACCCAUGUACACGAUCAGAGAGACUACCGUCAAGCUGUUGCGUGAACACGAGUUUCUCUACGACUCAUCUCUGAUGCAUCACGAUUCGCAACCCUACUUCACCCCCGCCGACCCCCCUAUCAAGACUAUAGACUGGUCUAAGCCGGCUUCUACGUGGCUGGAGCCUUCGCCGAUCGCAUCACAAGCCUACCCCGAUGGCCAGCACCCCCUGGUCGAGCUUCCUUGCGGCUGGUACAACGAGGACAUGAUGCCGCUCAUGUACCUCCCCCAUCUGUCCAACAGCAUGGGCUAUGUGUCCACACGAGUCGUGGAGCAGAUGUGGAAGGACAAGUUCAUGUGGCUGUGGGAGAACAGCAAGGAGGGCAACGAGAGCGCCGAUUUCAUGUUCCCGCUUCUGGUGCAUCCCGAUGUCAGUGGUCUGGCUCACAUCAUCGGCAUGAUUGAUCGCUUCCUUGGCUGGCUCCGGGGAUUCGGCGAUGCUGUUGAGUUCUGCACGUGCGAAAAGAUAGCCACGGAAUGGCUGGCGGUGCAGAAGAAGGCAGCUGGAAAGGCGUAG